AUUCGAGUUGCCAUCGCGGCAGCCAGGUGCAAAGUGGGGUGCAAUUGCUUUUGCGAGGCCACCGAAUCGGGGCAGGCUCCAGUUACUGGUGUGGAAAGCUGAGACAGAUAAGUGACUUCACUGCAUCCGGAGUUUGCAUUCAAAGCGGAGACUAAUUGCGAGGAACGUUUCAGAAUAAACACAUUUCUCUUCCAAAGUAGUUUGCUUGUAAGGAAAGAAAAAAUAUAUCAAGGAGGUUAAACAGGAUAAUUGGUUUUCUUUCUUGUCAUUUACUAUGUAAUGCUCUAGAGUUUCGUUUUGAAGUACAGACAUCCUUAGCAGGAGGCGCGAUACAAAAAUUCGGCCUGCAACCACCACACCAAUUUAAGCAAGAAAUGCCCGUGAAGCCUUUCUGACAUCUGAUAAUACAGGAAAAAACCAUAAAAUAACGAGAUGAAUCAGAAACUCGUGUCCCUCUUUCGGAGGUGACCCAAAAAUCUCAACAGCUUCUGAAACGAAGGCUUCAGGUCCUGCAUCAGUUUUAAGCGCUAUUGCAAACUGCAGCUGAAGCGUUUGCAGCCGAACACAAAUUUCCAGGCUUAAAUUGCCUUCUUCCUGUCCCGGGAUGCCAGGGCUUUGCACAGCUGAAAUUGCACAGCCCUUUCCCCCGGAUCCUCUUACUUGCAGCGCUCGAAGCCCCGCUGCUCCGGGCGCCCCCGUGCCGCCCGCUGCCAGCCCGUGCCGCGCCCGGCAGCCUCGUCCGAGCGGCCUUUCACUGAGCCCCGCUCCCCGCUCUGUCCUACCGGGAUGGUGUCACGACAAAUCCUGGUUUGUGCGUUCCCUGCUCACCCCUAGCAGAGCCAGAGGUAGGUUUCAUCCCCUCCCCUCCUUUGCUAUUCGGUGCACGGUGACUCCGUGCCCCGGCAAGCCCGGAGCUGGCAGCGGGGCAGGGGGAGCUGCCCCCCGGGGCGAGGGGCUUGGAGCGUUUCGCAGGGCACAGAGACGAGGAGACAGGAGAUUUCCAGGGGAGACGGCGCUGCCCGCGGACUUCCUCGGGACCCAGGCCCGAGUGCCUCCACUUUCCUCGGGGCUCCGCCGAGCGCACCGAGCUGUGAGACGUCGUGGGAGACACCGGCUCCGCUCCCUCCGCCUCCCGGGCCCUGGCUGGGGCAGGCGGGGACCGCAGGUGGCUCUGCACGGGGAGCGGGAGGAGCGGGAGUGGGCUCCCAGCCGCGGGGAGCCCAGCCGGGAGAGCGGGCCGUCCGUGCGCUGGAAUCGCCCCUGGCCCGGGCUGCUCGGGGCGGCCGCCCCGCAGCGCUCGCCGCUCGUACCCGGGCCGGGCCGGGCGCCCCGCAGACGGCUGCCCGCUGUCUGGCCGCUCUUCCGUGCGGCUCCUUGCGGCCCGGCUCCCGGCGCCAUGUGUGCCUCUGUUAUGGAGUCCCGCUGCUCCCCGCGGCCCCGGCACCUCCCGACCCCGGCGCGGCGGUGUCCGCAGGUGGGUGCCGGCUCCCCGCCGCGCCGGGCCCCUCACCAGCAGAUGGUGCUGCGGGCGCCCCAUCCCCGGGGCUCCGGGGUUGCGGGGCCCCGACGGACCGCACCGGGCCCGGCUCAGUCCAGCCUCUCUCAGCCCUCCGUCGCCGGGCCGGGCAGCGGCACCGGGGCCCUGCGUGCCGCCUGGCCCGGACGAAGCGGGAACGGGGACGGGCCGCGGCGGAGGGCCCAGGUAGGGCGCUGUAUGCGUCCCGGAGCUCGCCGGCUGCUGGCAUGCGGCAGCCCGCGACUUGCCCAGGACCCGGCUGCUGGCGUGGUAGGCUGCCCGGUGCUCGUGAGGGAGCAUGGCCCAUUGGGGUGGACACUUCCUGAGAUGAACGAUCGUUCCCGGGGUGCUCGGCAGCCGUCACCGAUCCCAGGCCCGGUGUCACCAGCCUGCGCCCAGCGCCGAGACCCGAGUCCGCUCGCACCUCUGCAGCGCGCCGAGACCGGGCCGUCCUGCCGCGGGCCGUCUCGCAGGCAGGGGCCGCGGGCUGGCCCCGACGCGAGGGACAUCGUCGGUUCCAUCGAGCUCUGUUGUCCUUUGCACCCCCGAUGCGGACGUUUCCACACCGGGAGCUGCCGCUGUCGCUCCCCUCCUUUCCCCGCCGCGGGUCGGACAACUCUGGGCCCAGAGGCCGGUGGGAGCGGGCGGCCGGCGGCCCGAUUUCCCGCGCCCCCGCCCCCUCCGUGCCCGACCUGCCUCCGUGCACGGGCCGGCCGAGCCGGUGGCUCCGAGCGGGGCGAUCCGGGCGUGUCGCGUCGGAGCUCCGGGUGCCGGCGGCCCAGCCCCGCUGCGCCCGUCGAGUCCCGCGGAGCCGUCAGCGCUCAGCACCGGGGGCCUCGCCCAGCCCUGCCGGUCCCGCUUAGUGGUUUGGUUCCCCGCCCCCCCCGGUGUGAUUAAUCCCCCUUUCCCCCAAACAGGGGUCGCCCCGCUGCCUUACCGCCUC